AUGAAUAGCCAUCUAAUGAAGGAUAUUUGUGAGAAUCUCAAGAUCACUCAUCUAAACUCGAUAGCUUAUCAGCAACAAAUGAAUAGAGCCGUAGAAGCAGCAAAUAAGAAUAUCAAGAGGAUAUUGAGGAAAAUGAUCGAUAAUUACAAAGGUUGUCACGAGCAGUUGCCUUAUGCUUUAUUAGGAUACCAUACUACAGCUAGAACUUCAACAGGAGCAACUCCACACCUGCUAGUCUACGGUACUGAAGUAUUCAUACCUGCCGAAGUUGAGAUACCUUCUUUGAGAAUCAUUCAAGAAGCUGAGCUGGAUAAUGCUGAAUGGUUCCUAGCACGAUACGAACAGUUGGCCUUAAUCGACGAGAAAAUGAUGGUUGCCGUAUGCCACGGUGAAUUAUACUGCCAAAGGAUGGCAAAAUCCUUCAAUAAACGAGUCAGGGCUCGACUUUUCCAGAUCGAGCAAAUGGUGCUCAAGCGGAUUGUCCCACACCAAGAUGAAUACAAAGGGAAGUUCGCUCCCAACUGGCAAGGUCCUUACGUGGUCCGCAAAGUACUCUCCGAAAGAGCGGUAGUACUAGCGGAAUUGGACGGACAACAGUGGCCGAAACCGAUAAACUCAGAUGCAAUCAAGUGCUACUAUACAUAA